AAGUUUUGCUCGGCAGACACAUUCACGCAUUCCGUCAUGUUUGUUCGGCAACUAACUCUAAGGCUGUGCCAGCUUCUGUUCCUGCCGCUGAUCCUGCCGCUGAGCCUGCCGCUGGGAGGCAGCUUUAUUGCGCCUCAUAUUGGACCCUGCGAAGAGAACGAGGUGAGGACCUGCAAGUCCUGCCAUGAGCCCAGCUGUACAGUGCCCAACUACAUUGAUCCGCACUGUGAAUACAUUAGAGUGUGCCGCCUGGUCUGCGGCUGCAAGUCGGGAUAUGUGCGGAAUGAUACCACAAAUCGUUGUGUUUCCAUUAACGAUUGUCACACCUAAAGUUAGUCCACAGUUUCUUUAUAAAUCAUAAAAAGAAGCCAUAAAUUGAA